AUACUGGGCUUCAUAAAAUUUAAAUGGGGAAAUGGGAGAAAAAAAAAUGCUACGUUGUGGGACUCCUUUAGGAAUGUGUCAAUGGUCCGGUCGAGUGACGUUUGAGAGCGCUACCACUGCGCAUGCCUAGCGCAUAUACGCGUCGCAUUUGGGGGGACGGUUAAAACUUUACAAUUAGCUGUGAUGUCGGCAGUUGUUUUUGAAUUAAUUUAAUUGUUAGGUUCAUUCGUCGGGUUCGCUGUUAAUUCCGCCUCACGCGGCUUAAAUUGUUUGUAGUUAAUUUGGGCGGAGUACAGGAACAUCAUUCAGGUGUGGUGGGCUCUUUGAUCCUGACCAGUCAGUCUCCUCUUUUGGCUCUGCAGACGUCCGUUAGAUGGCGCCCUCGCCAGUUUUCAAGAUGAGCCACUUAGCAGAGAGACAAUCCGUGGGGGCCUCUAAAUGCCCAGCGGACGUGAGCAAGCACAAAGUGAAACGCCUGAAGUCACGUAAGGAGCGCAGUCAGGUGAGAGGCAGCAAGGACGCCUGCAAGCUCAAAGCGCGCAGCUGCCACGCUCAUGGCAACCUGGAUAUCGGGCACACAUACGGCUGCUGCCGGCACAGCUGUUGCCGGCAUGGCUGCAGGAGGGACGGCGCAUCGACCCCGCCGCCGGCGCUCUGUGAAGCGCUGGCUCCCAUGCAAGAAGCCAGUGUCAUCACGGAGGCCCGCCUCACCGGCCGCCGUGGGCCUCUUCAACCGCAAGGUCAAGUCUAUCGACAUCGAGCAGCUGUUACUGGGGAAGAGGGAGGCCAGGGUCAAGGAGGCAAAGGCGACAUCCUCGCACGUCAUGACUGCUGCAAGUGGUCCCGAUGAGGAAGCCGGAGCCACUGAGGAAGGAUGUGACAACAACAGCCCGGCGUCAGAUGUGACGCCGGACCAAAGAGAACAACAACAUCCAGCAAAAAACGAUUUGCGCCAGGGGCUGCCAUCCUCUGCUGAAUGCACGCCGCAGAGAAAGAACCCCCCUGACCCGCGCCCACCACCUAGCCCGAUUCGCUGUCGGCCCGUCGUCGUGGAAACCAAGGCGGACACGCAUGCCCAAAGAGAGGACACUGGCUGUAAGUCUGUCGCUGUGGUGGCACGGCACCUGUGCGAAGCCUUGCGCCUCCCCUUAAUGAGGAAGAGGGAUCUGGUGGCGGAGAGCAGGGAGGUGCUGGUGCGGGCUCUGCGAGCGGCGCACGGCCAGCGCUUGCAGCAGAACCUCCUCCGCAUACACUCAACCACCGACCUCCACCAUCAUCCCAGGACAGAAGUCCAAUAUCCCACACGGAAAGACUGGGAUGGACGCUUGAUGCCAGACACGUUCCCAGCACCAUUUCAAGUCCACUCUGCGGAUUACUUCUACUUCGGCAGCAAGGAUGCUUCCGCUUUGGAAAACACAAGGAAGGGAAGGCAGCACGUUCCCUGGGAUCUCAGGAGCUCGCCACAGCAGCACUUCAGCCAGACCGACGCUUGGCAAAGCAGCCCCAUGAACACCUCGGCAGGCUUCUUGGAGGACAUCUUCAGGCCUCGCGUCUCGCCGGAGGAGUUCAGCAUGGAUUUCGGCUCCUCCUCGACAGAGAUUCAUCACUUGUUUGGCCUGUCCCCUCCCUGUCGAGCGGAACCGGCGACACACGGCUUUGCCAAAACGGACUACACUGUGGGUCCAUUUGAGGACUGUUUUGCGCGGAGGAGGUUGAGUCGAUCGCAGGCGAGCUGCACGCAACUUGGCGCCCGCCAGGAGCUUGCAGCCCGAUAUUCACCUGAGAGCUUUCCCCUCGAGCGGGAAACCUUCUUUGAAAGUCAACAGUACUUCCCAAGCCCCAUUUUGUUCUCACAACCUUUAACCUCCUUCCACGACCACCGUUACCAGCCAUCUUACAGUCCUCCAUCUUUAUUUGCAUCCUUGUCAAGUCCGAAGCCCUUGUCCUUUUACCACAGGAAAUUGUACUAACUAUUGUAUUAACCCAAAAAGGCAACGUAUUCUUAGCAAUAAUAUGCUCAGUCUUGCCCCCAAGUCCAAAUACUUUAUUCUGAUGGGUUGUGCAUUUUUUGAAAAAUAAUUAAGCAGAUUCAAACCUUGAUUUUCAUCUGGCACAUACGACAGAAGAAUCUUUCUACAAUCAAUUCUCUUUGAACUCACUUUCUGUUCACGUCUCGUAUGCUUUUUUUUGUUCUCUCAUAAACAGUCAGACAAAGAAGAGUGAAAGUGGAAAAUCCAAAAUGAUCACAAUGAACCUCGAAAAUGUGGAAUGUCAAUCCAAAUUGCAAAAAACAGUCCAAGCGAUGCAUCCUUUCUCAAAAGCUCAUUAGUCGAGGCGCUUGUAUCUCAAAGCAGGAGACAUGAUACAUUUUAUUUCACAAUUUCCAAUGCUUCCUCUGUGUUUUAAUAACACGCCUGUGACAUUUGUUCACCAAAAUAGCCAAUUAGAUCAAGAAUUACAUUUUCUUUUCUUUUUUUUCUCAUUUGCAAUUCCACUUCAACUUUUGCAGAUUAAAUGACCUGGAUGACUAACAA